AUGUCGCAGUCAUCAGUCUUCCGCGCCAUUGAAGAAAGAACUUCCACCACCGCCCCCGUUACCCCCGAGAACUCCCUCACCUAUUGCACUAUCAUCACGCUCUCCAACGCCUCCACCUCCGUCACCGGCUACAUCUUCAUCAGGUGCUCAAUUGCCUUAUUCAUUUGUAUAUUGAAAGCACUUUUAUGGGAUGCUAAGAGAGGAAGUAUCAAUGCCACUAUUAGCCUCCACAACCUCCAACGCCUCCUCCGCCUUCGCCUCCGCCAACCACUCGCCGCCGCCAUAAUCUCUUCCAAUAUCAAAAUUUCUUCAACUCUGAUUAGGUUAAUCUUUUCGGCUUCGUUAACGAAGAAUCAUCUCACAAGUGCUGGGUCAAAUUAUCACAAGUAUUACAAGUUCAACCAGCUUAGUACGAACUACAAAGCGAUUCUUUACAUCUGUCAAAUGGCGCAAGCUUUCACCUAUUCUCCUUUGGAUCCGUCCUCUAAAUGUAUUAGGCUUCUUGAAUUACUGCCAUCUGCACCGUCUGAAACAGUUCGCUGCAAACUACAUGUUGUCGACCGAACCUGCUGUCCAUCUUACGUUGCUUUAUCAUAUACCUGGGGUUCUCCGCAGAACAGGCAACCAAUUGAUUUGGAUGAUAUGGAGUUUCACGUGCAAGAAAAUCUUUGGAACUUUCUGAGUACCAUGAACUUAUACCGGAGAUGGCAGCUCUUCUGGAUCGACGCAAUAUGUAUCGAUCAGUCCAGUAUCUCAGAGCGAAAUCACCAAGUCAACAUGAUGAGGGAUAUAUAUGCCGGAGCAGAACUUACGGUGGUAUGGCUAGGCCAAGCCACUGAUUCCAGUGACCUCGCUAUUAGAUAUAUCGCAAAUCCAGGUUUACCAGCUCAAGAAACCAGAUCAGCCUUGGAGGAAGCAUUACAAAGUCUACUGGAGAAACCAUAUUGGAGUCGAAUAUGGAUCGUCCAAGAGCUCAUGCUCGCAAAAGAUGUCAUGUUUUACUGCGGCACAAAAAGCUUUGGUUGGCAUCAGUUGGCAUCUCUUCGCCAGAAGAUAAAAACCCAUGUCGUGCACCAUGAUUCAUUGGGUAUCUCAAAAUGUACAGGUUCGGUGAUGAUCGCGCAGAAAAUGCUCUGGGACAACCUUCCUCCAAAUGACCAGCACUUACCCCUCUCGGACUUACUGAUGACUUACGGAAGGCAUAAAAGUUCAGAUAUAAGGGAUAAAGUGUAUGCACUGCUUGGUCUUGCUUCGGAAAACUCAGUCCAGGCGAACUACAAUCUGUCAGUGGACGACAUAUAUAUCGAGGUAUUGGAGGCAAUAUGCAAAGAGAGAAAUCCCAGACACCAGCUCUCCACCAUCGAACAUACGUUACAGGAAAUGUUGUGUUUGCCGAAGGGCCUCAGAAGACCACAGAUUUUGAGAGGAGAUCCUAUACCUGCAGAUGCCUUUGCAACCAGGGUACUGGAAUUACGGCGGCAGAAGCUUGGUGAUACACACCCCCAUGUUCUUGAAGGAAUGGCCAGUCUCGUACAGCUAGACAGUAAGCCGGGCCGACCAUGGCUUGCCCGGCAAAUCUCAAUUGAGGUGUCGGAGAUAGUGUGGGAAAAACCUGGUCAGAAACGUUCCAGCAUUCAUCAAGAAACUCGAGAUCUUAGGCCACAUCAACCUUGGCAUGCCGAACUAAUUAAGGCCGAGUACUUAGGAGAUAAAGUAUUACAGCUGCAACAAGAAGUACUUGGUGAGAAACAUCCCAGCACUCUUCAAAGUAUGGUAAAUCUUGUGUCAGUUUACCAUUGGCAAGGCAGGCUUAAUGAGGCUGGGAAACUAGGAGAUAAAGUGUUACAGCUGCAAAAAGAAGUACUUGGUGAGAAACAUCCCAGUACUCUUAAAAGUAUGGGAAAUCUUAUGUCAAUUUACCGUCAGCAAGGCAGGCUUAGGGAAGCCAAAGAACUAUUGGACUCAAUCUUUCCAAACAUGGCAAAUCUUGUAUCAGUAUUCCGCGAGCAAGACAAGCUUAGAGAAGCCGAAAACAUGUGGGGCGAAGUGUGUGAAUGCAUGAUAGACUUGGUGUUGAUAUACCGCGGGCAAGGCAAGCUUGAGGAGGCUGAGGAAUUCACACACAGAAUAGUGCAGCUGGAAAAAGAAAUAUUCGCCGCCUGGUUGCGUGUAUAG